AUGUUCAGUGGAUUUCAACAGGAAUAUUGGGUUUGGGAUCAAGUUGCCAAAUCUCCAGAAGUUUUGCUUUCUAAAGACAGACAUAGUGCUUACUUCUAUAUUGACCCUAUAUAUGAAAGCACAGGAACUGCUGGAGUUAGAGGCUCAAAGGGGUUCACAGAGGGAGAACACUACUGGGAAAUUGUUUUCCUGGAACCCCCAUGUGGAACCUCUGUGAUGGUGGGUGUAGGAACUGAAAAUGCAGUUCUACACAGAAGUAAUUAUGAAUAUGUAGACCUGAUUGGGUUUGAUAAAGAGAGCUGGGGCUUAUCUUACAAAGGCACAACAUGGCAUGGAGGCCAAAAAAUUCAGUAUUGUGAACCUUUCUUUGAUAAGACAACUGUGAUAGGAUGCCACCUUAAUCUGUACAAAGGGACCCUGGCAUUCAGCAUCAAUGGGACAUAUAUGGGUGUGGCCUUCACUGGACUAAACAAUGCCUCAGGUUGUUUAUAUCCCAUCGUCAGUUCCACGGCGUCAGAAACGGAGCUGGGACUGGGGGAACAGUAUUGUCGAUAUCUGACUCUCCAGGAAAAGUGUCUACAGACCAUUAAGAGACAUUUGGAUUAUAACGAUUCCGCCGAAAGCUUACCUCUACCAAAAGUCCUCAAAACUUCGCUGAAGAAUAUCUGAAGAAAAGUUGUGUUUCUUUGUGAUAAAUCUGAUGAAUGUACGUCACUGUAAAAAUUCGUAAUGAGUACUUCUAUGUUUGUAUAGUGCUGUACUUUUGUUAUUGAGGCCAGAGGAUUUUUUUUUCUGUUUUGUAAAUCACAAUUUUAAAAAAACACAAAACAAUUAUAUUUUUACCAGUAGAAUUAUCUUUUUUAUGUGUAAGGAAAAUUGGAACAUUGUGAUGAGAUGACUGAUUUUGUCCUUUUUUAGUAUUUUUGUAUUCCUGGACUAUUGUGCAUUUGUUUGUUAUUUUUGUUUUGUUUGGUUUCUUCUAAUAGGUGUUCAAAUUUUGACAUUUAUGCAAAGCAGGGAAAUUGUCCUCUGGCCUAACCUUGACAUAUGCAAAUUACAAUGCAAAUUAGUUGGUGCACUAACAUAUAUAUAUAUAUAUAUAUA